UUGGCUUGUUGUUCAACUCCACAGCAGAAGUUUCUGCUCUCUCUGAGGAGCGGGACAUGUCUGUUGUGAGGGGAACUAAAGCAAAGAUGGCGAGCCAGAAAGAGGAGUGUGAAGGGAAGGAAGAUCGGGUUCAUCUGGGACGCAGCAUUAGUCUGGUGCCUGCAGUCUCCUUCAUCAUGGGCACCAUGAUUGGCAGCGGGAUCUUCAUCACUCCCAAAGGAGUGCACAUCAAUACAGGCAGUGUGGGACUCUCCCUAGUGGUCUGGGCGCUCUGUGGACUCCUCUCCACAUUUGGUGCCUUGUGCUAUGCUGAGUUGGGGACCAGUUUCAAAAAGUCUGGUGGCCAUUACACAUAUUUACUUGAGACCCUUGGGCCACUUCCUGCUUUCCUGAUGCUUUGGUCCGAGUUCAUUUUCAUCAGACCUGCAGUGACUGGGUAUAUUGCACUGGCUUUUGGACACUAUGUCAUAGAACCUUUUUUCACGCCAUGCCAAGCUCCUCUACUAUUAAUCAAAGUGGCCAGUUUUCUUGGAAUGACACUUUUGGUGGCAGUGAACUGCUGGAGUGUAUCACUGUCCUCUUGUACACAGGUCAUCCUCUUGAUCAUUAAGCUCCUUAGUCUGGUUCUGAUCAUUGUCCCAGGAAUUGUGGCUCUGGCCAAAGGCCAAACCGAAAACUUCCAGAAUGGUUUUAACUUCGAGGCGCUCACACUGACAAAGCUGCCUUUAGCCUUCUACGCAGGACUUUAUGCCUAUUCUGGAUGGUUUUCAUUAAACUUUGUGACAGAGGAGGUUAUCAAUCCAAAAAGAAAUAUUCCAUUGGCCAUCAUUUUGUCCAUGAUCACAGUUACUACAUUAUACGUGCUGGUGAAUGUAGCGUAUUAUACUAUGAUGACCGAAAACGAGCUGCUGAUAUCCGAUGCCGUAGCAGUGACUUUCGCCAGCAAAGCUCUGCCCAGGAUGGCAUCACUGGUGCCCAUACUGGUGGCCAUGUCCUGUCUUGGGACCAUGAACGCAGGGAUCUUUUCAGUACCGAGAAUGUUAUUUGUGGCUGCCAGAGAGGGACAAUGGCCAACCCUGUUUUCCAUGAUACACAUACGAAGAAAGACACCAAUGCCUGCUGUACUAUUGCUGAUUACUACACUAACCAACUUCAGGUCUUGUUGGAGGUGGUACAGCAAGAGGUUCAGACCUACUGAAGGAGCCAAACAUUACACUAAGGGGCGGGCGCUAAACACAGACACCCUAAAAUUAUCAACAAACCAUCCAACAACCUCUCAACUGACUGCCAUGAACAAGCCUGUCAACUGAUUCUCAACAAGAUGUGAACAAAUGUUUAGUAAUAAUAGAGUAACAGUAGUAGAGCGAGUAACCUGACCUUCAACUAAAUACCUGUAGAGCCUGUGGCCUAGAGAAUGUAUCAGUAACAUCUCUGUUGAUUCGUAUUCAUGUAAUUACAAGCAACCUCAAAUACUAACCAUGGAAUCCCAACCAGCAAUCACUAGACAUUUAACUGUGACUAUUAUCAUAGAAUCAGAAAUGUAGUGGUACACUGACGGCAUUGUUUUCUGCCAAGUCCUUGGACUUGACCUUUCAGUCUUCUGAUUUAUAAUGCGUAUAUCUUCAGUGACAAAAUGAUACUGACAGUGCACUGUGAAAGAAAAGAAUAUAAGAGUAAACGUGUUUGGUUUUUUUUUUGCUAUAUUAAAAUGGCAUCACUGUUCCAUGCACAUUAUGGCCUUUCAGUUAAUGUGAAUUCAAUUAAAAUGAUUUUUUUUUAAAAAAAAUAAAUAAAUAAAUAAAAGCUUAAUAUAGCUUAACUGUUCCGUUACCUGUAUUAAAUCUUUAUAUUUCAGAUCGUUAUUAAAACUUUAUACUAUUAGGGAAUGGAUUAGUAAUGAAUAAGAAAAGUAAAUGAAUAAACACAUACAUGUUCUAGAAUCUCUUUUAUUAUAUAGUGUAGGUAAAAGGCUGUGUGUGUAUGUGUGUGUAUGUGUGUGGGUAAAGGAAUACAGCAACAUUUUAAAACUAUAAUCUAUUUAUAUUGACAAGACCUUUUUCUCUUCACUAAGGAAACUCAAGCUUUACUAAUAACGGGUCUCGUUUAUCAAGCUGGAUACGAGCGAAUUCUUUCAGAAAUCAUUCAUAAGAGCAUUUACAAUUUGGUAUUCCUGUCAUUUUCUGGGGGAAAGAAAAAAUACCGUCGUAUCCUGCAAGGGCUUCUGAGUUUGUGCAAAUGUCCAUAUAAGGAAAUAGGCUUUAAAUGAUAUAACUGGUAUGGGGUUAGCGCAGUUUUAUACAUGGCUCUCACUGUCAAUUGUAGAUAGAUAGAUAACUGAUAUAUUUCCAUUACACACAAAUGUUUUAUGGAAAUUUUGUGAAACCAAGUCAUUUCAUUUUAAUUGUUUGCCUCACACCUCCAGGGUU